AACUACCCCCCACCCAAAAAAUAAUAAUAAUAAAAAUAAGAAAUUACUAGUUCCAGCUAAGAUGUUGGGAAAUGUGAGAUGUCUGGCAGCUAAGAUGAUGAGAGAUCUCCACACUCGGUACAAAUGAAUAUUCUCUGGUUAUCGGAGUUUCACCAGCAACUGGAAACAGACACCAGUGGCCAGACAUGCUCCGGAACUUUGGCGACUAGUGGGGAUGAUGCAGCAGAGAGUGAACACACUCUAGAGGAAAUGUCUGCAAAAGAAGGAAGUGAGAUGCCGCACAAGAAGAACAAGAAGCACAAAAAACACAAGGGCAAAAAGAAGAAGAAGAAACGCGGCAAGGGAGAGCGGGCGACCAGCUCAGAGUCGGCUCCAGAGUCCGAUGUAGAGAAGCCGCCAGUCAGAACCAGAGCAGGCUCAAAGAGUGCUGGCCUAGUGGCCUCUGAUGCAGGAGCAGACACAAAAGAGGAGGCAACAAAGGACUUGAUCACAGAUAAACCUGAGAUAAGUGAUGCUAAAUCCAGAAAACACAAAAGACAUGUUGGGAAAAAGAAGAAAAAGAGGAGGAGAAAAGGGGAAGAAAAGCAGGAGAAGAACUCACCUUCACACUCCCCAUCAGAAAACGAAUCUAUGUCAGGGACAGAUUCUGAGUCUGAGGGGAAGCCAGCUGGCACGGCAGUGCAAGCAUUUCCCAUGCUGUCUAAGGCCAGACAAGAGGAGAGGGUGUCCUCCCUAUGCGUAACUCUCGGCCAAAAAGAGGGAUCUCUGAAAAUGUGUCAAACCUCAGAUGAGGAGUCUGCGGAUGCAAGAGGAAAGACGGAAGAGAAUGCGCCCCCUGCUGACAGGGAUGACCAAACAGUCUCUGUCAUAAAGGCAGAAGAUCCACGGAGCGACAGGAGCUUCAGCCACACCCAGGAGCUUCCGGACAUCAUCCCCAAGCAAGGCGGCCAGAGGGAGGAGACCAGAGGAGGAUUAGAGCUUGAGCAGGACGGCCAGAAGGAGGACAUCAACGCAGGGCAGAGGUCAAAUGUGAAUAACCAUGCUCCCUCCAGGUCAAGGUCACAGUCACUGACGGACACUAAAAGAGCCAGAUCGAGUCUUAGUCGUUCGACAAGCCCCAAGCGGUCCAGAUCAAGCCGCAGACGUUCACGAAGCCCCAAACGAUUGUCUCGAUCCGGCUCAAAGAGCAUGACUCCCAAGAGGAAGCAGUCUAAGUCCCUUAAAAGGGCAGGACGUAAGUCCCCUUCUUUGUCCCCUAGGACAGGACGUAAGUCUCUUUCUCUCUCCCCUAGAAGAGGAUACAAGUCCCCUUCUCUGUCCCCCAGGAGAGGAUGGAAGUCUCCUUCUCUGUCCCCUAGAAGAGGAUGCAAGUUGUCUCUGUCCCCUCGGAGGGGACGCAAGUCGUCUCCUUUGUCCCCUCGGAGGGGACGCAAGUCGUCUCCUUUGUCCCCUCGGAGGGGACGCAAGUCGUCUCCUUUGUCCCCUCGUAGGGGACGCAAGUCGUCUCCUUUGUCCCCUCGGAGGGGACGCAAGUCGUCUCCUUUGUCCCCUCGGAGGGGACGCAAGUCGUCUCCUUUGUCCCCUCGGAGGGGACGCAAGUCGUCUCCUUUGUCCCCUCGGAGGGGAAGCAAGUCGUCUCCUUUGUCCCCUAGGAGGGGACGCAAACUGUCUCCUUUGUCCCCUAGGAGGGGACGCAAACUGUCUCCGUCUCCAAGACAAGGGCGGCGGUCUGAGUCCAGGCCUCGCAGUCGUGUCAGGAGGUUGAGGACCAGAACCCCUCCCCCUCGUCGUGGUAGGCGCUCGAGAUCCCGCUCGCCUGUGAGGCUGACUCGCCGCUCACGCUCCAGAUCUAGACGGCUCCGUCGCUCCCGGUCCCCGUCUCGCAGGAAGAGGUCCCCCCCCAGGACACGACAGUCCCGGUCUCCGGUCAGGAGAUGCAAGCGGACUCGCUCCCGCUCCGUCGUGAUCCUGAAGAGGAACAGGAAAGGCUCACUGUCCAAAUCCCCAACCGGCAAGAACAACAAGUCCCGCUCCAGGAGCUGCAGGAAAUCCAGGUCACCAGUACAGAAAACACUUUCUAGAUCACCGAAGCGGAGCAGGACAAAGUCCAGAUCCCCAAGACGCAGUAAAACAUCAACAUCACCAUGUAACAGGUCUCAUACUCCUAAAUCCAAAUCCCUGAAAAUAAGUAAGCAUUCAACAUCAAAAUCACCCAAAAGAGACAUAUCGAAAUCCAGAUCUGUCUCAAGCGACAGGCAAUCUGAGAGCGUAUCCCCAGAACGCUCAAGAUCCAGGUCUACUGCCAAAGACCUGAAGUCUCCGAAAUUGUCCGACAAACAUACUGCAGACAAGACUGUGAAUGAUGAAGCGCCUAUGAAGCCUCUUGGGGAGGCUGUAGCAGCAGCUGCAGCAGGGCCUUGGAAACCCCUCCCUUGGGCUGCAGCCUCCAGUUCUAUCAUACACGGCAAGCCAGUGACUGGGCAGGCUGACGAGAGCAGCUCUGAGAUUCCAUCUGAAGACCACGACUCCGUAGCAGAAGACCCAAAGGGGGCAAGAAGCCCAACAAGCUCCUCCUCUGAAGAGCCAGAUGAGCAUGCUACCUCCAGGUCUGUUUCACCAGAGACCGUUCCUGCUGAUCGCCGCUACAGGUCCUCAUCUUCUAAAUCCUCCAUCAAGAAGACAUCAUCCUCAAAACAACGGCAGUCCUCAACAUCAGCAUCUCCUGCCAGGAAGUCCCACUCACCUGCCGGCAGAAAGAUGUCCACCUCUCUCUCACGGAGGUGCUCCCGGUCCAAGUCCACCUCUCCCUCUCAGUCCAUGUCUGCCUCCAGAAGGAGACGUUCCAAGUCCCCAGCCAGGAAAAGGAAGUCUGUCUCCCCCCCUGCCAGACGGAAGAAGAGGUCCAAGUCCAGAAGUCCUGCCCGGCGCAAGAGAUCACGCUCUAAGUCACCAGCACGGCGCAGGAAGUCACGGUCCAAGUCCAGGACCAAGCGCUCCAAGUCCCGCUCCCCGGUCAGAAGGAAGAGGUCCAAAUCCACAGACCGGAGCAAACGCCCCAAGUCUCGUUCUCCAGGCCGGAGGAGAAGGUCCGGGUCGCGACGGCGCCGACCCAUCAUGCGCAAUCGCUCGUUUGACCGGCGCGACCGAUGGAAACGAGAACCAAGCCACUCGCCCAUCCUCAUCCUCCGCAAGCGCCGGUCCACAUCUCGAACCCGCCGUAGUGCCAGCAAGACCCCUCCUCGUCUCACUGAGCUGGACAAAGACCAGCUCCUGGAGAUAGCGAAGGCCAAUGCAGCCGCCAUGUGUGCUAAAGCAGGUGUGCCCAUUCCAGAGAGUCUGAGACCCAAGGCCAUCCUCCAGCUUCCCUUGCCCAACCCAGCCCCAACCCCUCUGAAUCUGCCUCUUCCCCUGCCCUUGCCUCUCAACAUGCCCGGCAUGGGAAUGCCCAACAUGAACAUGCCCAACAUGAACAUGCCCAACAUGAAUAUGGGCAAUAUGUCCAAUAUGGCCAUGAGUGCUGCCAUGGCCAGUAUGAAAGCUGCCACCAUGACUGCAGCCCUCACCAACAUGGCCCAGAUGUCAAACAUGCCCCAGAUGGCUCCCCUCCCCACCAUCACCAACAAGCCCCCUCCUAGCCAGGCUCCCCAAACAACCCUUCCCCCCCUCAACCUGGACCACAUAGAGGAGGUGAAGAGGAAGGUGACUCAGCAGGCCAACAUCUACAGCAUCAAGGAGCUCACCGAGAAAUGUAAGAUGAUAGCGGCGAAUAAAGAGGAGAUGGCCAUAGCGAAGCCGCACGUGUCUGAUGACGAGGAUGAGGACAGGAAGCCCCGUAGCAAGAGCUUCUUAAGUUAACUUUCUUUGGGGCGCAUCAGAGGCACUCCCCAUGGAUACCAUCACCGGGUGGACAGAAGUGCAGGUUGUUGUGGAUACAGAGCAGGAACCGUGUCAGAUACUGCCAGCCCGUGUUCCCUGGACAAUCAUUCCCUUCCCUGCCCCUCCCAUCAGUGCUCUAGCUGUCUGGGGAAGUGUUUGAAACGUCAGUGAUCCUGUGUCCUAUUCCAAAGACUGGCCUGAGUGUUCCUGUGUGUCAUUGGACGGAUUGGAGUGUGUACAGUGUGGUUACUCCUAGCUUCUACAUGUUGCUCAGACAGAGCUCUCUGGACAAUGACUGAAGCAAAAGGAAAGAAGGAACAUAUUUUCUAUGUUUUGGCGACCCUUUCUAAUGUUAAACUACUGUUAAUUUUUUAUUGUGUUCAGUAAUUAAAUUUCCAGCUCAUGGUUCCUUUAGUGACAUUUUAACCUGUAAUUAAGUGAACUGCUCGGACUGCUCUCGGCACGCUCAGACACACAAAUACACACAUCAGUAAUAUGAUGGUCAAGUGUGUCCUUACUGACGGGCAGAACGACCAGGUCUCUCCAUUGAGAAGACAAGCUUAUCAGGGCUUUGUAGGAUCCACUCUAAAUGUUUUGUCACUUCUCUAUAUGUGGUAGUAUAAUUAACUGAUGUAGUAUUUAGCUGUUUUAAUGACUGAAAAUACAUUUUAGGAUUUCCUUGGUCAGUAGUAGGGUAUUAUUUGGCUGGCUUUGUACAUAAUGUGUUGAUUAUUAAAGGAAACCAAAAAAUGA